UCUAAGUAAAGCUGAAGUGGUGUGUGAGUCGCUGCAGUGUGGACGUGCCCUGAAUGCUCAUGGUGGUGCUUUUUUUGGCCGUGGCAGUGGGUCAGUGGUGGAGGCAAGCAAUUCAUGUUUCGACAGCGUGACAUCUCUUCAGCAAUGCUCAGUCAAAGGUUUUACAAGAGCAACCUGCGGGCAUGAAUAUGAUGCUGGUGUUCUCUGUGCAGGUAAACCACCAAUAAGGCUUGUGAAUGGCGCUGACCGAUGCUCUGGCCGAGUGGAGAUUCUGCAUGAAGCCGAGUGGGGAACAGUGUGUGAUGAUGGCUGGGACUUAAAAGAUGCUGAGGUGGUGUGCAGAGCCAUGGACUGUGGACCACCUCAGACAGCCAAAUCCAGUGCCUUCUUUGGUAAAGGCCAAGGAAAGAUCUGGCUUGAUGAUGUCAACUGUCUGGGUAAUGAGACGUCCCUUGGGCACUGCAGGCAUCCAUCAUUUGGAGAAAAUAACUGUGGUCAUGGUGAAGAUGCAGGAGUGAUUUGUUCAGAAAGCUUGGCAGUGCGCUUGGUUAACGGUACUGAUGAGUGCUCUGGAAGAGUGGAGGUUCGUCAUGGCGCCCAGUGGCACACAGUGUGUGACACGGACUGGACUCUAAGUAAAGCUGGAGUGGUGUGUGAGUCGCUACAGUGUGGACGUGUCGAGAAAGCUCAUGGUGGU